CUUGUACUGGCAUCCCAUGGUAGAAGAAGCAAUUUUCCAGCUUCGUUCGCCAAGUGGACAACCACCAGAGCCACAGCAAAAAUAGCCAAAAGCAAUUUGCGAUGCUUUUUCCAAGGAAUAUCAGAGUAUGAAACUAUUGGAGUUGUCAUCUUGCUAUUCAUUGAGUUGGGUAUCGGAAGCCAAGACGAGAAUCUUGUUGCUGUUUUGUGUUCCCAACCGCGUCGUGGUUCUGGGUGUUGGACAUGGGCGAGACAUCGAGACAUUGAAAAAGCCUCCAGUAAUAAGCCCGCUCAGGCUGUGUGAGCAAUCUGUGUGAGUCAGUCGUCAACCGCCCUCCCGAAGCUCCGGUAGCCCAAUAGAGGAAGCUACAGUACUAGUACCAGUAGCUACGGUACUCUAUGACUACCCUUUACCCAGUGGAAGCAUUUUCAAGUCUUAUAAAAAGAGAAUACCUACAUGUAGGUACGUAGGUACUCCUUGGAACUCAUUGCAUUAAAUGCAUAGCUGCGGGUCGACUGGUAACUGUCUUCCUCACAAACCCAUAAACCAUAAACCUCAAUGCGAGAUUCGGCAAUACCGUGCUUGUAGCUUGCCAGCAAAGACCUCCGCUGGAUUCUUUGGCGUGGGAGACUAGACUACUAGUACAUUUAUUUAUUUGUCUCUUGUGUCGUGCGUUCAGCUCUCUUGAUGAGCCUGUCUUCUCGCUUCCCACACUUUGCUUCUCCCAUGUUGUGAAAAAGUCCCAACUCAAUUACAAAAGAUCUUUUUUGGUACCAGUAUCGCACGUGCCUCUGGCUGAAAUUGCGGUACUGGUACAAUAGAAAACUUCCGAGGCCUAUAAAAGAGGAUGAGAGCAAUGAUUUAAUGACGAGCAUAGAAUUAAAGGGACAAGUUAGAAUGAAUAGGCCGCAAACAGGCUUACUAUCUCUUUGAGGGCAGACAGUCGGUUAAUGGUUUAGGCUAUUAACGUCUUGCUAUCUCUUUGAGGGCAGAUGGUGGGUUAAUGACUUAGACUACUUCAAUGUGCUUUCUUGGGUGUGACAAGAGGGGAACUGAAGUUUCUCUGGAACCUUUGCCUCCUGCCUCCCACAUUAUUGUGGCACAGAAGUCUAUAGAAUAUAGAAGAGCUACCAUAAAAGACAGAAGGAGAUGCAAGGGCACCAGAGGCGUCCUCAUGGGCAGCACUGCAAAUCUCAUCAUAAUUUUUGUUUUACCAAGUUUCUAUAAGGAAGGAAGGAAAGAAAGAAAUUCAAGCAACGCAAGAUGAGUUUUGUCGUUGUGGAUUUUUAUCCAGAAGAAGAAAGCCUGACGUACCAACUAUGCCGAUUUCUGACAGAAGAAGGAGACUCUAUCAAGUUGAUGAAGUGUGUGAUUGAUCAGUUGGAAGCGAGUCAAGGACUAGUGGAUGCCAAAGUGAAGAGUUUCUUGAUGAUUUUUACAGGAUCUUUUAUUUUCUUUAUGCAAGGCGGCUUUGCCAUGCUCUGUGCAGGAUGUGUGCGAAAGAAGAAUACCCACAACACAAUGCUCAAAAACUUACUAGAUGCGUGUGCAGCGGGAGUGGUCUAUUUCUGCUGUGGAUUUGCACUGGCAUUUGGAGGAGAGAGCACUGCAGCUGCCACUACCCAUACUACUACUUUCAUGGGCACACAAGACUUUUUUGGAAUGGGCAAAAAUGUCGAUUUGGCAUUUUACUUUUUCCAUUUCAACUAUGCCACUGUGGCAGUCACCAUUGUGGCGGGAGCUCUGGCGGAACGAUGUCAAAUGGCGGCCUAUCUGCUCUACAGUUGCUUCAUGACGGGACUCGUAUACCCCAUCUCAGUCCAUGCCGUGUGGUCCGUCGCUGGAUUCCUUUCCUAUUCCAACCCAAAUCCGCUCUUUGGCACGGGAAUGCUAGACUUUGCAGGAAGUGCCGUCAUUCACAUCACGGGAGGAACCACUGCCAUUAUCAGCACCUACUUGCUGGGAUCCAGAAGGGGCAGAUUCUACCAUGUGCAUACUGGAAAACCACUGCUAAAGCCAAAAGCCAUGCCAGGACAUUCCGUCGCUCUUCAAGUAUUGGGAGCCUUUAUCCUACUCUUUGGUUGGUUCGGAUUCAAUGCGGGAACGUCAUUGCUACUUCCAGACAACAAUCCAUUUCGGGCACAAAUUGCCAGCAUGUGUGCCAUUAACACAUUCUUGUCUGCGGGGACUGCGGCCAUGGCGUCUCUGUUGGUACGAUUAGUAAAAUCCAAACUACAACACGGACAGGCACUAUUCUACUUGAGACCCGCCAUCAAUGGAGCACUCACGGGGCUCGUUUCCAUUACAGCCAGUUGUGCCACACUGGAUUUUUGGGCGGCCAUUGUGGUGGGUACAGUGGCCGGAAUCAUAUACCCCUUUGCAUCGGAUUUCCUACUCUGGAUACGGAUUGAUGACGUUGUCGAUGCCAUACCGGUGCAUUUGGUGGGUGGCAUUUGGGGAGCACUCUCCGUCGGUCUCUUUUCGGAACCUACCCGUACCUGGAAAGUCACCGGGAUUGGAAACCCAUCGUCGGGAGCCUCGGCGGGUCUCGUCUAUGGUGGAGGAAACCUCUUGGCAUGUCAAAUUGUGGGCAUUCUAUGCAUAAUACUUUGGACGACAAUCACCAUGGGACCGCUCUUCUUCGUAUUGCACCGAUUGGACUGGUUUCGAAGUGAGCCCAUGAACGAGAUUGUAGGAUUGGACACGGACAUGACCGAUCGAAAGUUGGAACACGAGGACGAGGAUGAUGAUGAUGUACGGGGCGAUUACGCGCACGCCUAUGACGAAUUUCGAAGCAAGCAAAAGAGAAAACGAGUGCAACUACUCGAGUCUAGAAACAAUGCCAUUCUGAGUACGCUCCAGGAGGAGGAAGUCCCAUUGUCAACCGCCAUGGCAACAUCGUCAAUGUCAAUGUCGUCGUCGAAUCGUCGACAACGUGAGGACACCCGAUCGGUGGCUUCCGCACAGAGUGGUGAUUCCGUGUGGGUUUAGCCAUAUAUACGGUAGUUAUAGAACACAAUAGAGAAAAUAUGUACUAGUAUCAUUAGAAUGAAUGAAUCUUCAAUCCAUAUCAUUGUGGGGCUGCAGGCCUGGUGCAGGGCAUUGCGAACUACAUGUGGGUGCAGGUCC